UUUGCACCCGGGUUUGUUGUCCUCAGGACGCUAUAAAACGCGACUCAUUGAUUCAUUCAACAAUCACUCACUCACCUGACAGAAGAGCGCCAGCAUCGGCACACGGAGACAAAGACAAUCACUGAGAAGAUGGACCCUUGCGACUGCUCUAAGACUGGAACCUGCAACUGCGGAGGAUCCUGCACUUGUACAAACUGCUCCUGCACCAGCUGCAAGAAGAGCUGCUGCCCAUGCUGCCCAUCCGGCUGCACCAAAUGUGCCUCUGGCUGCGUGUGCAAAGGGAAGACCUGUGACACCAGCUGCUGCCAAUAAAACAUAAUAUCUGCCAUCUAUUGCACAUGGUGAAACCUGUGUGGACAUCUAUGAAUUAACUUGCAGAUGUCUAUAAAGAAAUGUGUUUGUCUUUGAUGAAAUAAACAUGUGUCCUUGAA